AUGAAGAGCUUCACAAAGAAGGUUGCAAUGGUCAAGCAGAAUGCCAUGGAGAAGAUGGGCAAGUCAGAGUCUCAUGCAGAUAACGAUGCUACCAAGGAGACAAAGGAGAAGCUUCGUGUCAUCAAGACUGAAUACAACGCCAUCUAUACAACUGGCAAGCUUCAUUGUCAAGAGACAGAGAAGUCUGUCCAACAGGGUGUCCAGUUUGGUGAGGCUUUGAAUAACUUUGGAUCGGCAUUCAUGGGAGACGAACAGAUCGCUGAUAUAUUGAAGCGUAUGGGCUUGCAGAUUAAGGCCGUUGAGCAGGCUCGUCAGACUUGCAACAACAACUCGAUGACAUCACUGGUGACCCCAGUGGGCAAGUUCCAAGACACCGAGAUCAAGCGUGCCAGAGAGGCCAAGCACAAGCAGGACGCCAUUCGUCUAAGAUACGACACUCAUCUCGAGAAGCUGGCCGAGGCCAAGAAGAAGAACGACGCCAACUCGCUCAAGGUCAAGACCAUCGAGCAGGAGUGCAACGACAUCAAGGAGGAGUACGACGUGGUGAACCGCGAGUUCAACGAGAUCAUGGAGCAUCUGAACCAAGAGAUGAACAAGCAGCUUGUGGCCGAGCUGCGCGAGUUUGCUCUGCAACAACUGUCAUUCUACAAGCAGGCCUCUGCUCUCUGGGCUGAGGCUGACGAGAUCCUCUGUAACCUUCCAGCUUAA